CCGUGACAUCUUAUUUAUUUUAAAACGUCAUUAACGUUUAAAACUAUUGUUUUUUUCCAUUAAGGAAUACCGAUAAACAAUAGAAUUUUUCUCGUUCCUGUACGCGGUUAAAUAUUUUGAUUUAACGUAAGGAGUUACAGUUGGUACUUCCCAACAACAAGGCCGAAGUUGAUAAAGCUCUAGAUCUGUUUGGUGUGGAGACGGGUGGUGUGGUUUUGUUUUUUUGUGUGAAAUGGCGUCUGGAUCUGAUUACGGGCAGCCUGGGCCUCCACAGCAAAGCUAUGGUGGAUCUGGAGGUUAUGGAUAUAACCAGAGCUCAGGGGAUUAUAACCAGUCUGCUGAAGGAUCUUCUGGAUAUGGGCAGAGUUAUACAGAAUAUGGAUCCAACUAUAGCCAGUCACAGCCAGCUGAAAGUUGUAAUCAGUCAUCACGUGGAUAUCCACCUGGCAACUAUGGAAAUCAGGGUGGAUAUGGGCAGCGUUCUCAAGAAGCUCAUGGGAACUAUGAGCAGCGGAGCACCAACUCAAGAGGGUAUGGCGCAAACUCUCACCCCCAGUAUGGUCAGCAGUCCUCAUAUGGGCAGGGCCCUUAUAGUCAGCCAUCUGGCCCUUCUCAGCAGGGUAGCUAUAAUCAUCCAGAUUCUGAGGGCCAUGAUAAUCAUGGAAUGAGUAGGUAUGGUCAUGAUUCAGGUUCUGACGGUCAGAGGGCCAGAGAUAGAGGUGAAUUUGAUCGAGAUAGAAGAGGACCACCACCUGGUAUGGGAGGUGGUGACCGUGGUGGCUUCAAAAAUUACGGUGAACCACGGGAUUAUCAACAGCAGUCUGAACCGGCUGCGGAACAGGAUAAUUCUGACAACAACACAAUAUUCGUUCAGGGACUGGGUGAAGAUAUUUCCUCUGAAGAAGUUGGAGACUUCUUUAAGCAAAUUGGUAUUAUUAAGGUUAAUAAAAAAACGGGCAAACCCAUGAUUAACUUGUAUACAGAUAAAGCAACUGGAAGACUUAAAGGAGAAGCCACAGUUUCAUUUGAUGACCCACCUUCAGCAAAGGCAGCGAUUGACUGGUUUGAUGGAAAGGAUUUUAAUGGAAAGAUAAUUAAAGUUUCUUUUGCUACGAGAAGGCCUGAAUUUAUGCAGCGUGGAGGAGGAAGAGGACGUGGAGGUUCUAGAGGUGGUUUUGGUGGUAGAGGGAGUUUUGGAGGAGAACCAAAGAAUGGAGACUGGAUCUGUCCAAAUGCGUCUUGUGGAAAUAUGAAUUUUGCAAGGCGAUCAGAAUGUAAUCAGUGUCGUACUGCCAAACCAGAAGAUGCAUUUGGAGAUCGGCAGAAAGGUUUUGGUGGGGACAGAGGUGGCUUUAGAGGCCGUGGUAAUUUUCGUGGAGGUCGUGGUGGAGAUCGUGGUGGAUAUGGGGGAAAGAUGGGAGCAAGAGAUGAUUACAGAUCAGACCGAAGAGAUCGACCAUACUAAGAUCCUGAAAUUCUGUAGAUUGUACACAAGCAGAGUGAUUCAUCAUUGUCUUACCUGGCAGGCUUUUUUUUUUUUUUGUUUUUUACCUCUCCAUUUUGUUGCAUGUUUUUUUUGUUUGUUUUUUUGGGUGUAUUGCAGUACAAAAAUGUGCAGCUACUGUAAUGGAUUUUUUCUAUGACGAAUGUAUUCAAAUUAGUAGUAAAUUAGACCAAGUCAAUAUUUUUAAUUGUCAUAGGUUGAAAGUGCAACAUGAGCUUCUCUUAUAAUACAGUGUUCGCAUAUUGCAGAAUAUUUUGUAUAACUGAUUAAAGUAAACUUUUACUUCU